AUGAAUAUUGAGGAUUUGGAUUUUUUCGGCUCUGAUUAUAGAUGUAUAUUCGAUUCUGACCCAAAAACUUUUGAACUUGUUUUACUUGAAAGACCUUCAGUUCCUAUGGAACGAACAAAGAACAUUAAAAUUAAAUGCAGUAUUGAAAUUGACUCAAAAUCCACAACCAGAUUGCUCAAGAAUUUAAAGAAUUAUAUACAAUUUCUACUUCUUUGCUGCCCAAAUUUAGAAUCUAUUUAUUUUGAUCUUGCUUUUGAUUUGGACUUGAAAACCGAUUUUUUUAGCGACUCAGACUCUUACGAAUCGAUUUCUGAUGACGAUGUUUAUGAAAUUUCACCUGAAGAAUAUGUUACUUGUCUUAAAUUAUUUUUUACUUCAAUUAUUAAUUAUCUCAAAAAACUGGAAAAUGGUGGUAAAAAUUUGAAAAUAACUCUAGAAUUUUGUUCAAAGUUUGCUGCUAAUCAUUAUGUGCUAAUUCCUAAAAAUAAUAAACUUUUUUCUAUGGGAAAACAUAUGGAGAUCAAAAGUUUGGUAAUUGAUAGAGAAAACGGUAAUCAUCAAGAGGAGGAGGUUCCAGCAUAUAUUGGACGUGAUAUAGAAGUUGUUGAUUCUAUUGGAAGACAACAUCAAUGUUUUAUUCAAAUAAUUUCUGAAGGACAUUUGGAUUAUUUGGGGUGCAAGUUUUUUCUUUAA